AUGACUCCGACCACAUCCAGGAUUCACUCCUGGUUCAUUAAGACUUCUAUUCCCGACAAAUACGGGCUUUGCGUUGCCGUCCUCAUCGCAAUCUGGCUUGCCUACUGGUUCGGAAGGCGAUGCGGCCAUUGGGUCAUGAGGGUGCGUCAAGUGGUCUCGUGGAGGCGGCUGCUUCAGUCGCCAACGCCUCACAUCCUACGAUGGCUCGAUGUCUCAUCGUGGCUACAGUUUGCAGCUAUCGCUAUUAUUAGUUCCGCCAAUAUGGUGGCUAUUACUCUUUGGACGCAUUCAUUUGUAGAGGUGCAGAAAAGGGCUGGCUCUCUGGCUAUCAUCCACCUUCUGGCUCUCUGCACCGGGUUCACCUUCAGCCUUCCAGCCGAUAUUUGUCAUAUUGAGCGGCAGACACUGGCGUGGAUCCACCGGUGGUUUGGACGUAUAUGUGUCCUUUACAGUCUGCUUCAUGGGUCUGUAAUUGUCAGUGUCGCUCGAAAAUCUGCUCGCACGUCCGCUUCGUUCGUCGUUCCUCUGUUGGCUGCAUGCAGUCUUCUGUUUAUUUUACCAUUGAUGCACGCUGCGUUUCUUCGACGCCACUUACAACUUGUGCUGAAGGGCCACUAUAUGCUGGCAGCAAUCGCCAUGGUCGCCCUAUUUUACCAUCUACUUGACCAGGGUUCAGUGUACCGCUGGGUUCUGCUUGGUGGGUUCUGUCUCUGGCUUACUUUAAGUGGGGCAGCGUUCAUCAAAACUAUGUGGAGACAAAAGUCAUGGCGCGGCGCAAGCCAAGAUGCCGUAGCAAGGUUAUCCAAUGGACUUUUGUGGCUUGAUAUUUCGGUACCAGCUAACUGGGAAAUGUGCCCGGGCCAGUAUGUGCAGCUGUGGUUGCCACGUUCAAAAUUGCCAAUCUUUGUGCAACUCCCACUCUUUUAUGUUGCGUACUGGGAGAACAAGAAUUUGCACGAAAGCAGUAAGAGGGGGUGCGAUGCCAAGGUUGGGGGGCAAUCUGCUCGUAUUUUGCAUCUAGUAACCAGACCUCGACCAGGUCUCACCGCUAGGCUCGCCCAAGACGCACUCAACUCCCCACGGUCCUCCAUGAACUUCCAGGUUUAUGUGCUGGGGCCAUUUGGUCGCCCGGACCGAUUUGACGAGUACGGGACGGUCCUUUUUGUGGUCGAGGACAUCGGCCUGUUUCGUGCCUUGUCUUAUAUUCGAGACUUAGUCCUGGGUAGCCGCGAGCGUAAAAAUACAAUAAGGAAACUGGAAGUUCUUUGGCAAGUCGAGCAGGAUGAAAGAAGCAACCUUGCCAAUCAGGACUGGGUGCGUGGUCGGAUUCAGCACAUCCUCAACCUUGACCAUCGCGACCGUGGGGGCUUCGACAUCUUAAAUUUUCGAAUAUAUUGCCUUGGUCCCCGGCCGAAAGACGCAUCCCUUUUCCCCAACAGCACGCGCAUUCAAUAUUAUUUCAAACCAAUCAGGCCAAGGGAGGAAUUGACACGCUACAUGGAGGAUCAAUAUGGGAAGAUGGUUGUUGCAGUGUGCGCUGGGCCAUUCAUUCGUGAGACAAUAGUGAAAACCGUUCGACCAAGGACGAGCGAGGACCUCCGAUUGGUUGAUCUGUAUCUAGAGCCAUCAUUUGAGUGGCUAGGCGAUAGAGAUAAAGUAAUGAACACUUCGGCUGAAGCCCCGGUGUGGUCUGACCGGACAACGACCCACGAUGGGGACCGCGAUGAAAUAUCUGAUUGCGCGUCUGUGCUUUCUGAGAGCACACUUACUCCCGAAAGACCAGAGAGCAACGAUGAAAAGUGGCGCAAGCAAAAAAUCGCCGAAGGCGCUCCAAUGCGCUCAAGGUACAUCAAAGCUUAA